GUAGUUCUAGUUUUGUCGCCAAAGUUCAGCAUAAUUAUAUAGGGUUGCCACCACUGGUACUACUACUACUACUGCUGCUGCACCCCACAUAUAUCAAUCACAACCCUUUUGGUCCUUCCAAAGCUCGAGUAAUUUUUGAUCGUCUUUUAUUCAUUUUAUAAUUAUUGCUCCUUUCGUAGCGAUCAUAUAUAGAUCGAUAGGUUCGUAGCUUUAGAUAAUCGCUUCGUUAUAUAGAAAAUAAAAGAUAGACUCGAAGACAUGCUCGCUUCUCACCACCGUCCUACCCAUUUCCUUGCUUCUAACAAUAUUGUCGGCUCACCAAUUUCUCUAGAGAAACACACUGAUGGGUUUGAGUUCUAGGCAGGUUUCUGGCGAUGGGCUUGAUUGGAGCCAAGCCUUCUUGCAGGAUCAAACAACUUUGGAGCUGCCAAAAACUCCUCCGAUCAUGAGACGGCAACAGCAACAAAAUCAGCAGCAACAAUCUGAGCCAUUAAAGUGUCCGAGGUGUGAUUCAUCAAACACGAAGUUUUGUUACUACAACAACUAUAACAAGUCCCAGCCUCGGCAUUUCUGCAGAGCUUGUAAAAGGCACUGGACUAAGGGUGGAACUCUACGCAACGUUCCGGUUGGUGGCGGCCGCAAGAAUAAGAGGCUAAAAAAAUCAAGCACUGCUACCUCUGCCAGCACCAGCACCAGCGCUAGUGCAGCCACCACCAGCACCACCAAUAGCGAUGUCGAUAAUAAGCUCAAGACGGCCCACAUGGCUAUUCAAGCUCAGCAGCAGAGGAACAAUCUUCCUCUUUCACUAGGUGAUCAGAAAUGCAUGUCUGAUAUCCUCUACCAGGCGUUGCUUCUUCCACCAUCUUCGCUGCCGCAAAAGAAUUUGUUCAACUCGAGCAACUUGGACAGCAAAAAUCUCAGCCCCAACAACAACGCCUGUUUGGGUUCAGCUCCGCAUCUUCCUCUAGAUCAAAACCUAAACUUUCCCUUCUCAAGCUCAAGCUCUUUUAACACAAACCCAUCUCCAAUCCCAACCUCUUUCCAGUCCUCAGAUGUUUAUUAUAAUUACACCGAUCAAGAGUUCAAAACCAUGGGGGAACCAACCAUUACGGCCAAUAUCAUGGCCAACCCAAGCAGCACUGCCACUCAGCCAUGGCAGAUACCUACAACAACCAGUGGUAUGGACAUGUCGACUUACUGGACUUGGGAUGAUAUUGAUACCUUUGCCUCUACCGAUCUCAAUCUACAAUGGGAUGAUUUUGAAAUCAAACCAUAAAAAAGUUUAACCAUGUUAGCAGUGUCUAUAAGUGUGAAUCCAUUGGGUGUUUACAUAUAUUUUAGUUAAAAGAAAGGCACUUCUUUCACAGUGUCGCCGGUCUUUUUGUUGAUCUUCUUUUUCAGGUGAACGUACAUCUUUAUGGUAUCUCAAUCUGUAAGCGCAAUAGAGAGAUGUGGAGUACUGUUUGAAGCUGUCUUUUUUAGUUUCAGCUUCAGGCUAAGGUGUCUAUGAUCAGUAACUAGAUCUACAUGUCCCUCUCUCUCUUGAUCUUCUCCUUAAUUUGAUGGAAUAGUGGCAUGAUAUAUGUUGUAAGGAGCUCAGUUUUGUUCUUAACCAUAGAUGUCGAUAGAAUUUUGGAUGCUUUAGAUGAUCACAGACGGGUCAUGAUCUCCACUCCAGCAUGGCUGAUCUGACACAAUGUAUUGGAAGAUUCUUGUGGAUAUGUAUAUUUGGAUUAAUUUGAAUGAUAUUUUAAUUACUUGGA